AUGCCCUGUGCACAGCGACGAAAGCAAGAUCAUAGGGAUAUUUUAAUUUUACAUUCUGUUCUGGCUAGUACAUUGGCCGUAUCCAGGCGUGAGCAAGGCCACCUCAGGGAGCUUUUCACUCCAGAUCAUCAAGAUCUUGAUGACGACAAAGGCAACGAACGGCUCACUCACUUUUUGCAUGGGACAGCCAUGGGCCUUCAUGCUCUCUCUCUGAUGAUAUCUGUGCCCGGCUCUCAUGGUCCCUAUAUCCAGUGGCGGAAGUGCAAUGAAUUCUUUGAUAUAUCAUUGAGUUGGCCUGAUCGAGACUUUCGUCAUGAAUAUCGUAUUAGUCGUGCAACUUUUGACCGCUUAGUGCGAAUCUUAGAGCAGAAUCCCAUCUUUCAAUCGAUGGGGAGGAAACCACAGCGACCUGUGCACUAUCAGCUUGCAUGUUCCCUUCUUUGUUAUGGGACUCGUGGCGGGGACUCCCUGCAAGCUGCCCAUAAGCUUGGGAUUGGUUUCGGAACUGUCUUCCUCUAUUGCAAGCGCAUAGUGCAUGCUCUGCGAGAGAUCGGAAUGCAAGUAGUUACCUGGGGUGAUGAGGAUCGUCAGAAUGAAACAACGAGACGGGUUAUGGACCGGUCGGGAAUUCCAGAUUGCAUUGGGAUGCUCGAUGGCUCCCUCAUAUGGCUUACCAAGAUGCCGGAUCGAAAUGGCCUAACAUUUAUUUGUCGAAAGAAAUAUCCCGCUAUCAAUGUUCAAGCUGUUGUCGACCACGAGAAAUGA